AUGGUCAAAAAUGGAGUUCUAUACCUCCAUUUGGAAAAUAUUUAUCAAAUAACAAUCUACAAAGAAUUACCAUUAGAACAAAAAAAAUUAGUUGAUUUAGGUUCAUUAGCAAAUUGGGAUAUUAUUUUAUUAACAAAAGUAUUACAAGCUCCAUAUACUAAAUUAAAUAAAUCAAAACUUGAUAUUGAAAAUAAAGAAUUAUUAAAAAUUAGAUUAAAUUAUAUAAAAUAUGAAAAUAAUUUAAUUUGUAAAUUAGAAUUUGAUAGGGAUGACGAUGAUUUAAAAGAAUUAUUUAAAGAUAAACAAGUUGAUUCAACAUUAGAAGUUGAAAAAAAAGUUAAUAAAUUUAAAGAUAUUGGAAACCAAUAUUUUACUAAAAAAGAUUAUCCAGAAGCAGUGGAAUCUUAUGAAUUAGCAUAG